AUGGCUGAUAUGACUCAGGUUAACGGCGGAGGUCAAACAUCAGAUUUCCCGGCCGUCCAGACGCACGGCGGUCAAUUCAUACAGUACAAUAUAUUCGGGAACUUGUUUGAAAUCACGGCCAAGUAUCGCCCUCCGAUCACGCCAAUUGGUCGUGGCGCAUACGGCAUCGUUUGCUCGGUGCUGAAUUCGGAGACGAAUGAAAUGAUUGCGAUGAAGAAAAUAGCGAACGCGUUUGAUAACCACAUGGAUGCAAAGCGUACGCUUCGUGAGAUUAAGCUUUUACGUCAUUUGAAUCAUGAAAACGUCAUAGCAAUAAGAGAUGUGGUUCCUCCACCUGUACGGAGAGAAUUCUCUGACGUCUAUAUUGCCACAGAACUCAUGGAUACUGACCUUCACCAAAUAACUCGCUCCAAUCAAGCUUUAUCUGAGGAGCAUUGUCAGUACUUCUUGUAUCAGAUUCUUCGAGGACUUAAGUAUAUACACUCAGCUAAUGUCAUCCAUCGCGAUUUGAAGCCCAGCAAUCUUUUGCUGAAUGCAAAUUGUGAUUUGAAAAUUUGUGAUUUUGGUCUUGCUCGGCCAACUUCGGAGAGUGAGUUUAUGACAGAAUAUGUUGUCACAAGAUGGUACAGAGCUCCCGAGCUAUUGCUAAACUCUUCAGAUUACACUGCCGCAAUUGAUGUAUGGUCUGUGGGUUGUAUAUUUAUGGAGCUUAUGAACAGAAAACCUCUGUUUCCAGGCAAAGAUCAUGUGCAUCAGAUGCGCUUGUUAACAGAGCUUCUUGGCACACCAAUGGAGUCUGAUCUGGGGUUUGUCAGAAAUGAGGAUGCUAAAAGAUAUAUCCAGCAACUUCAACAACAUCCUCACCAGCCAUUAGCCCAAAUUUUUCCACAUGUUCAUCCAUUGGCUAUGGAUCUUGUAGAUAGAAUGUUGACAUUUGAUCCUGCAAAAAGAAUUACUGUUGAAGAAGCAUUAGCCCAUCCUUAUCUUGCAAGAUUACAUGACAUAGCAGACGAACCUGUCUGCCCAGAACCAUUUUCCUUUGAUUUUGAGCAACAAUCCUUGGGGGAAGAGCAAAUGAAGGAUCUGGUCUAUAAGGAAGCCUUAGCACUCAAUCCAGAGUAUGCUUAAUAAGAAAAUAGCUUUUAUGCUCAGUUUUAAUACGUUUAAUUGCUUUGUAACUAUCCGUUUGAUUGCCGUUUGGCGAAAAGAUGACUUUAAACAAGAGAUCAGAAAACCAUAUCCAACAACAGUAUGUUGGCUUGUAGAGAUAAACCGUUUCUGGUUCCAGGGCUGGCCAGCUGUUUUAUAAAUCAUGAGGUCAGUCCCCUUGACAGCUCCCUUAGCUGCCCUUUACCUUAAUCUAUUACAGAGGGUUGUUUUUUUUUUUUUUUGUUAAAUCUCCUCUACUAUGUAUUUUCAGCUCUGUAUUUGUAAUUUGAAUUUUUCUUCAUGUACUGUAGAUUGAAUUAAACCCAGUGUAACUCUGUUGUAAAAUCAUCAAUAAGAUUUAAUUGAAUUUUUUUUUACUGAAUUAAA